GUCCAUUCUACAAACACUCACAUCACGAAGGACUUUCCACAACACAUCCAGCAUCUCACUCGAACAGUAUGGAUCCGCCACCAGUGCCAGGCUCGAGUUUCAGCGAGCUCCCAAGCAGUCAAACAAGUAUUCCAUCCCGAAGCCAGAGCUUCUCCCAGAAGUCCGACGACUCUCAAACAGCAGCUGAAUUCAUCGAUAGCCAGCUGCAACUUGAGGCAGACGCGCGAGAAGCUCUACCAUAUAAAUUCGAGAAUUGCACAAAGACUAUAGGCAAACUCCGACAAGUUCUAUUUUCUUGCCUGACAUGCAAUCCACCACCCUCGAAUCCUUCCGACCCGUACACUCCCGCUGGCGUUUGUUAUUCUUGCUCCAUUCAAUGUCACGGCGAACACACUUUGGUUGAGCUCUUCAACAAAAGAAACUUUGUUUGCGAUUGUGGAACGACGCGUCUGCCUGCCACCUCACCAUGCGCAAUCCGGUUGAACCCUGAAACGAAUACAAAGGGUGGCGUUCAUUCUGAAGAGCCAGCGCCUGACAAUAAAUACAACCACAAUUUUAGAAACUCUUUCUGUGGUUGUGAAUGCGACUACGAUCCUCACCAGCAGAAGGGUACUAUGUUCCAAUGUUUAGGGCUUGGGACUGCUGAGACCGGAGGAUGUGGCGAAGAUUGGUGGCAUCCAGGCUGCGUCGUUGGAUUGGGUCCAGAUUGGUUCGAGACGGCCAGCCAAAAGAAUGAUGUGAAGAAGACACAGCAUACUGGUUUAUUGACAUCUAUUACGGAGGUCGCAGAGAACGUGGUUGAUGAAGCAAAUGCAGAGGCAGCACCAGAAGUAAUGGAGGAAGACGAAGAUGACAAUCCACCUCUUCCACCUGGCUUUCCACACGAAGACGACUUCGAAGGCUUCAUCUGCUAUAAGUGUGUAGAUGCAAAUCCUUGGAUCAAGCGAUACGGUGGUGGCCCUGGGUUUCUAGCACCAGUCUUCAAACGAAGUGCAGCCCCUUCUCCGGAAAGAGGACUUCUUGCAAUGACCCAAGAAGUGAUCGCAUCACAUCUAGCACCACCCAAGAAGCGCAAAGCUGAGGAUGACGAAGAGUCUGUUGCGUCCGACAGAUCAAAGAGAGUCAAGAGCGAUCUGCCAACUGAGGCUUCAGCACCAGAACCAGCAAAUGCCACAACAGCACUUCCAACAAAGACUCUACUAGUGACGAAGGCCGCAGAGAAUGCUGCCUGCAAGCUUGAAACUCUACCACCUACCCCAGAAGGACAAAUGUCUCUCUUCUUCAAGGCAGAUUUCCGAGAUCACCUCUGCAAAUGCCCAGAUUGUUUCCCUCUCUUGAAACCCCACGAUCAACUUAUCGAGGAAGAGAUCAACUACGAGCCUACUUUAUCAGGCAGUGAGGAAGAAGCCGGCGGCAGCACAGUCGGAAGUGGUAGUAUCUACGAACGGGGUGAGAGUGCAUUGAAGAAUGUCGAUCGUGUUAGAGCAAUUGAGGGCGUCAUGGCAUUCCAGCAAUUGAAGGACAAACUGAAGCCUUUGUUUCAGCAGUUCGCAGGAACGGGCAAAGCCAUCAGUGCGGAAGAUAUCAAGGCUCAUUUCGCGAAGAUGAGAGGUGAUGAUGAAGCUAUCAAGGCGGCAGGCGAGGAUGCUAAGACUUCGAAGAAAGACGAAGAUCAACGAAGGGAGCAAGGAGGGUACUGAGAGCUUCCUUUUUCCCUCCUUCAAAUAACGGCUGUAUUUGAUGUAAAGUAAAAACAUGAUGACACGGCACACUACUACCAAGCCGGCGUGCUUGAGAUUUGUCGAAAAUAC